AUGGGAUCCAUCUGCUCUGACCCUGCAGCGGGGCUCUGCCUGGCUGUCACCGCUGUGCUGGGAGGAAUGGCUUUUGGAAAAUUCAGGAAGAGCCCAGGGCAGAUGUGGAACCGCACCAUGUGCUUGGCGGGCCUCUGGGGAAUCACUUGCCUGCUUGGCUUUUCCCUUUGCUGGGGCCUGGUUCUCGUCUAUGUGUCUUGUCUCCUCUUCUAUAAGCACCUCUCUGGUCAACAGAUGUUACCUGUGCAUCAGAAGGCCAUCCUCAUCACAGGUACUGAUUCCGGGAUUGGUCAUGGCUUGGCCAAGUACCUGGACGGGCUGGGCUUCACAGUAUUUGCGACAGUGCUGAACGAGAAUGGAUCAGGAGCAGAGGAACUGCGAAGAACGUGCUCCUCGCGGCUCUCCGUGAUCCAGAUGGAUGUCACCAACUCAGAGCAGAUACGAGAGGCCCGGAGAAAGGUGGAGGAGAAGGUGCAGGACAGAGGACUGUGGGCCUUGAUCAACAAUGCAGGGAUCCUUGGAUUCCCCGCUGAAGGGGAGCUCAUGCCCAUCACUCACUACAGACGAUGCAUGGACGUGAACUUCUUUGGCCCCAUAGAAAUCGCAAAGACAUUCCUGCCUCUUCUUCGGAAAUCCAAGGGAAGGCUGGUGAACAUCAGCAGCCUGGCAGCAAAGAUCCCCAUGGAGAAAGGAGCAUCCUACGCCUCCACCAAGGCAGCGCUGACCAUGUUUACAGAAGUUUUAAGACUAGAGCUUCACAAAUGGGGAAUUAAAGCUGCAGCUGUUCAUCCCGGAAGCUUCAGAACAAGUAUUGCAGGCACAGAAGAGCUAUGGGACAAAAUGGAGAAGAACCUUCUGGAUAACCUAGCCCCUGACGUGUUGGAGGACUACGGUCAGGACUUUAUCCUUGCCCAGAGGGAGUUUCUCUGCACAUUGGACAGCUUUGCUUCUGCAGAUUACACUCCUUUCCUCGUGGACAUCCGCCAUGCCAUCCUGUCCAAGAACCCCUUGCAUGUGUACAUGCCAGGAUAUGGGUCCUUCCUGUGGUACUUGGUGGUCUCCCUCUUCCCUACUGGGGUGUUUGAUCACCUUAUGAGAAAAGCACGAGGUUUUCCAAUGAAGCCCAAAGCACUGAGGUUGUUUAUGGGGAAGAACAAAGCCACAUAG